CAAAUCACCAUCACUGAUACUUAAAUAAAUCAAAUCCAAGCUCAGAACUUUUCAAAACCAUGGUGCUGAUAUGAUGAUCCAUUUUCAAACCCGAACCCGUUUACCCACCUGGUAUAAACCAUUUUAUCCCAUCCUUAUUCAUCCUUUAUUAGUACACAGCCCAAAACCCAGUCUUCCUCAAACCCUAAAAAUGGGAGCGACUGAGGCCAAUUCCAAGAGACCCGUUUGCCCAUCAUGCUCCAAACCCACCUGGCUCUGCCUCUGCAGUCGGAUCCGGGCCCCGGGUCUUGAAAAUUCGGUAAGAGUAACCAUUCUUCAGCAUAGUUUAGAGAAAAAGCACCCACUCAAUUCUGCUAGAAUUGCUAGACUAGGCCUCAAGAAUUUCACUCUAGCAACUGUUUCCGAUGUUCUCUUUCAAGGCCGGUUCGUUAUUCGGUUGAGGGAACCGGAUUCUGAAAUGGGUUCGGUUCAAAAUGGUUUGGAUUCUGAUGAAUUUGUGGAAAAUGUGGACACCCAGAAGCUAGUUUUUGAGCAUAGUGAUGGGGUAGAGGAAGUUAGAGAAAAUGUGAGCAAUUCAGAAUAUGGGUUAUUUGCAAAGUGCCCAAUUGAGGAAAACACUAAUUUAAUUGGUGAUAAUGGAGGAUGUUGUUUGAGAAAUGGUCUCAGUGGCGCUAGAAAUUCUCAAAACCCUAUGAAAGAAGUUAAUUUUAUAGGAACUUCGGGGUUUUCAGUGAGUGAUGAAUUAGUUUUUGAGCCAGGAGAUGAAUUGAAGGUCGAAGAUUGCAUUGGUGAAAAGGGUACAUUCAGUUUAGAGAGUCUACUUGUAAAUAGAGACCAAGUUACACAACUUAAUGCUCAUACGGUUUCAGCUGCUUCAACAUUGGAUGAAGCAGUUUUGGAUAAUGAAACUACUGCUACCAAUGAGAGUGAAUUUUCUCAUCUGGAUGUUGAUCCAAAUGAAGUUGUCCAAAGACAAAGAGGUCAUGAAGCACCAGUUAUUACUGCAACCAUUGGAAAAUAUGGUGUCGUUGGCUCUCUUUGUCAUAUUUGGAUGCCACAAGCCCAUUUGCAGAAGCCAACAUUUGAUAACAUUCUAGCUUCUCCUGAAGCUCGUGAUGCUCUAGCAAAAGGGUUUUCUGUAAAAAAGUUGCAAAAGCGACAGUUGAGUGGGAGCAAGGAGUUGGAAGAGGAUGAAGAGCUUGAACUUGAGGUUCCUCCAGGAUCAGUGCUUCUAUUCCCAUCUGAUUGUGCAAUCAGUAUUGAUGGCCUUGAUGCUCUUGGUUGUGAGGUGAAGAAUUUAAUCGUCUUGGAUGGUACAUGGUCAAAGGCAAAUAGAAUGUACAAUGAGAACCCCUGGUUGAAGCUUUUGCCACAUUUGAAGUUGGAUUUGAACAAGCUGAGCUUGUAUAGUGAAGUGAGGUCUCAGCCAAAAGCUGGAUGUUUGUCCACGAUUGAAAGCAUUGUAUAUGCCCUGAAGGCUAUUGGGGAAAACCCUGAAGGGCUAGAUGAUCUCCUGGAUGUUUUCGAGUCUAUGGUUGAAGACCAGAGGCGAUGUAAAGAUGAGAGGUUGAGCAAAGUCUCUUCAGUUUGAGUUUGUAUAGUGAAGUGACGUCUCAGCCAAAAGCCUGAUGUUUGUCUACAAUUCAGAGCAUAGUAUAUGCUCUGAAGGCUAUGGAGAGAACCCUGAUGAUCUCUUGGAUGUUUUCAAGUCUAUGGUUGAAGACCAGGGGCGAUGUAAAGAAGAGAGUUUGAGCAAAGUCCCUUCAUUCUUAUAUUUGCUACAUUUAUACUGUUCUAACUAACAUCAUCUUAAGAACAUUGUGCAAGUAAAAUUAAAGUAGAUAUGACCUGUGGUUGACAGUAGCUACAUAUAUUUUUGGUUUUGGGAGAGAGGUUUGGGGUUUUUUUGGGGGGGGGGGGAAGGAGAUGAAGAUCAUGCUUUAUGAAUUUUAAAGGGGCUUCUCUGUACCUUUGUGCUCUUUUGUACGACACUACAAUCUUGUACUAAAUUUCACACUUCCAAAAAGGAAAAAGGAAAUCUUUGUUGUUUUCCCCUUAUUCAUUGUGUGAUUCUUAUUCACAUGAUUAUGUUAACCAUUUAAGAGAUUAUAUGUUAGAGAUCUUGCAAGGCCCUAUAUAAAACAUCAAGUAUGGAAGGGUGAAAAAAACCUUUCUUUGGCACGAUAAUUGGCAUAUCCAUAAGUUGUUGUAGAGUUGUAUGUGGUGCACUCAGGACAUCUUGUACAAAAGUCUCUAAUGUUUAGAAAGAUGGUUAAUGAUAUUGGCCACCAGCAGGGACAGAAAUAUAGGCUGGUCUGUAUCAAAUUAGAUUGCAUCAGGAAGACACUAUGAGGUGUCUACCUUCUCAUUCAGGGCAGCUAACUUGCAACUCUGCUUGGAAUGAAAUCAGAAUGAAGCAGCAGGUGGUGGAUUGACAUAAAUUGGUUUGGUUUUCUACUGGCAUCCCAAAACACAUAUUUAUCUCUCUUGGUUAGCAGUCAAGGAUAGGCUUCCACUCAUGAACCUUGAUGGAAUGCAGGGACCAUUUAAUUUGUGAAUUUUCCUAUGCUAGAAGGAUAUGGUAGCAGGUGCUGAAUUCAUUGAGUGUCAACAAAUAGCUAAGUUUUUGGUUCGAUGUCAUACGAUGGGUAGUUCAAGAGUUGAAAGGAAGAAGCUUAAAAGAAAAUUUCUGCAAGCUCUGUAUACCAUAUCUGGUUGUGAAGAAACGUAAAGAUCCAUAAUGGUCAAGUGAAAACAGAGAAUGGCUAAUUCCUCUCGUAUUAAUAAUGGGAUGGAGGGUGAGGUUGUCCAUGUAACCCAAAAAAGAAAAAUAAAAAACAGAGGAUGGCUGUUGAAGGUGAUUAGAAAUAAUGCCUUUAGCUCGAGUUGGAGGUUGUAAGAAAGUCCCAAAUUGCAUAGAAAUAGAUGAGAAUCUGCACUCUGCAGCUUGUUUUCUUGUUAUUAA